CACAUGUCUCCCCCCAUGUCUCUCUCCUAAUGAAGUACCUUCUUCUUUCUAUAAAUCUUAACUCUCUUUAUUCUUUUUAUCUUCAUAGGAGACUCAAACAGUUUUUUAAUUUAUCUAUCUUCUACAAUUGGAGAUGGCAACAGACUGUGCCAAAGACAAAUGGGAACAUUCUAAUUUAGCGCAAGAUGUAUCAGAAGAAGAUGAAGAUUUAUCGUUUUGUGAUCUACCAGUCAUUAACUGUUUGACGAAAGAAGACGACAAUCAAUCAAGAAAAGAAGACGCUUUGGAUAUCGAAAACCAGGAAGAUCAGUUCGAUUUCAGCUCAACGGGCGGCUCUGUUUUGAAAGAGUCUAAAAUGUGCGCCGCCGAUGAGGUUUUCUUCCAGGGUCGAAUCCUCCCACUACGUCUCUCAGUCAGCUCAGACACGGGCUUGCCCCGUUUCCAGCAUGAUCAAAUCCAAAAAUUUACACGCUCCGAGUCCAUGGACCAUCGCUCAACGGGUGGGUUCGCCAGCAACAAUAGCAGCCGAAGCAGCAGCACAAGAAGCUACAACUCAUCAAGCAGCAAUAGCUCCAGCAGUACCACCAUCAGACGAACAAAUUACAAGCCCAAAUUUCAAAACGCUUUCCUUACAUGCCCAAGUCCGAAACCCCAAAUCAAGUUAUCCACGACCCACCAAGGUACCGUCGGUAUCCGGAUCCGGAAUUCAUCCACGUGGGACUAUUUACGGGUGGGCUUGCUUCCCACUCCAGAGAUUGGAUUGCAAGACCUCAAGGUUCGUAGAAACAGCAGCGUUAACAAAAGUUCCGUCAGCCGUAAUAGCAGUCAGGGUAGUAGUAGCAAUAGCGUCAUCGUCAAAAACAGCGCAAAGAUUAGCACCGGUUGUCGAGGCGAAAAACAGAGGACGCCGGGAUUCUUGGAGAAGGGCAUCGGGGGAUUGCUGAAUGGUUGCAAGUGUUUGGAUGAAACAGUUUCGUCAAAAGCAGUCAUCAUUAAGAGCAGUAACGCAAAUAACAACAAUAGUGAAAGUAGCGCAACGCAUGCGAAGAAAGAAAAAUUGUUGGAGGUGAAGAUGAAAAAGAAGGACGAAAAGCAGCAGCUGCAGGGAAAGCAAGCCAUGUCACGCCAUCGAACGUCUGAGUGGCUAAAGGAGCUUCCGCAUGCAGUCUAUCCUCCAGAGGGUCAGACUGAUUAACAAAAUAAAAUAUGCUUCGAUCGCAUGCCUGUAUUCCUUUUAGUUUCAUUGUCUUUUUGUUUUUGUUUUGGACUUUAGUUUAAAUUAGAUUAUGAUUUUCCAGUGGGGCUCUGUUAUCAAGAACUCUCCCUUUCCUGAGGGAACGAGGUUGUUAUCUUCUUUUUUUUUUUUCUUCUUUUUUUUUUUGGAGGGGCAGAGAGUGUAGAGUAAAAUUAAUGAUUGAGGUUUGUAGCCGUGAUGGGUGGAAAUGACGCACCUCUCAACAGAGGUGACGGUGUUGGCGGUGGUGCUUGUCAUGAUUAAAGUGUGAGCUUUGAUGCUU